ACUUGACAAGUAAAAUUUUAUUAUUUUUUAUUUAUUUUUGUCAAUUUAGAUUCAUAAAAUUGACAAAAAUAAAUAAAAAAUAAUUAGAAUCAUAAAUUGAAAGGAAACUUCGAGGUCUUGUAUUCAAGUUCAGAUUCUGUCUCAGCCUUUUACUAGUUGGGGUAGCCUGUUCAAGCCACUUAACACCUCUAGACAUCAGUUUCCUCAUCUGUAAAAUUAAGAGGCUUGGAUCAGAUGACUUCUAAGAUCUAUUUCAGCUCUAAAUCUGUGAUCCUCUGAUGAUUUGUCUAUAACAGCUAUGCACAAAGUAUCCCAUAAUGUUCUAAUGACAGAAUAACAGUGAUUUCUGGGAAUGAGUAUGAGCAAGGAGAAGGAUAUGGUCAUUAGUAGCCAUGGCUGUUCUGGUAUCCUUGGCCUUUGUGAUUCUCUCCCCAGGGUCAAAACCCUCCAACCACAUACUGAACAAUAAAGAAGCAUUUUAGAGUUCUAUGAUUGAUUUUUUUUUUAUAAGUCAACACAGUCUAUUCUUUAGAGCUAUUUAUUUGCUAAAAUCUUAUGAAAUCUUUUCCUGUAUGACAAAGUAGUGGUCACUUUAUCACCCUUAGUUUCUGCAUUUCCUGUAUCAGGCCAGUUUUCACCCUCCUCAAAUUCAGUUCACACGUACAUACACAGUUGCUGUUAUACAUCUGAGACUUUUCAGGUGCCUGCUUCAAAACUUUUUGUAGGGUCAACGCUCCUUGCCGCAGAGACCACCAAGCUCCUUUCAUGGACCUACCCUUUUACCAUGGCCCUCUGUCUAAACGAGCCUGUGAGAGAUUAUUGCUCCAAGAAGGGAAAGAUGGCAAAUUUCUCCUAAGGGACAGUGAGUCGCUGCCAGGAGUCCUGUGCCUCUGUGUCUUGUUUCAUAAGAAGAUCUACACAUACCGAAUCAGAAGAGAAAAAUAUGGAUACUACACCAUAGAGACAGCAGAAGGUGUCAGAAGGGAAUUAUUUCCAAAUCUAAAUGAACUCAUCUCCAAAUACCAGAAACCAAAUCAAGGACUAGUGAUUCGUCUCUGUUACCCAGUAGAGAAAAACAAUGUAUAUCAGAGUAGUACCAAUCUACAGGCUGCUUCAGUUUAUGCAAAUUCCAGUAGUGACGAUUAUGUGGAACCUUUGCCUUGAAUUCUAACUAAGUGAGCAUGAAGAAAGGCAACCUACAAACAACUUGGCAGCGUAUAGGAUAAAGUCUCACAAACCUCAAGGAUUCGCAGCUCCUCCUGAAAUCUGAACAAUCACCUUCCAGCACUGAACUCUGACCUUCCUACCAAUCAGAGAACUGGGCAGUCCAUGGUGGUUAACUUUGCCUUUUUAUACAGUUAAGCUAAAAGAAAGGAAACUCUACCUGUAUACCAGAAAUAGAAAUGUAACCUCAAAACUCUGUCCCCUCCACCCCAAGAAAAUCUGCCCAGGAUCCCUGCAAUGCUAAAAUGGGUAGCCAGAGUUCAUCCUGAGAGUUUAAAACAGAAUGAUGGCCAAAAUAGCCCUCCUCCAUCCUUAUAUACCCCCGAGUCCUCACGAAUAAUAUAAGGCCCUUGAAAACUCUGAUCUUAGAACUCGGACCCUGGAGCCCCAGAAUCAGUGUAGUUAUUUUGUUGUUUAAAAAAAAAAAACUCUUACCUUCUGCCUUAGAAUCAAUACUCUGUAUUAGUUCCAAGGCAGAAGAGUGAUAAGGACUGGGCAAUGGGAGUUCAGUGACUUGCCCAGGGUCACACAGCUAGGAAGUAUCUGAGACUGGAUUUGAACCCAGGACCUCUUGUCUAUAGGCUUGGUUAUCAAUCCAAUGAGCCAGAAGCUCCCUUAGUGUGGUUAUUUUUAAGAAUUCAAAUGUGAUAAAGAUUGUCCCAUUCUUUCAUAUAGUCCAACAUUCUCUAUUGCCAGACCAUUCAAGAGAAAUCCAUCCCAAAUGUGAAGAUGGGAUUAACUCUUCCUUGCCCAUUUUUUUAUUUAUAUACCCCCACUUAUCCUUAAGUGUGGAGAGGUCUGUGACCCAUGUGUGCAAUAGUGGGUGAUGAAUCAGAAUUGACUGACUGACCUCUGGGCAGUCGUAAGCAAAGCUAAAAGCUGUCAUUGGUCCACAUAAAGUAGAAGGAAAGCACAGGAAGUGAUGAAAGCAAGGGUCUUUAAAAGUGGCAAGAACUUCCUAUGACCAGCUCUUUCACCUUCAACUUGAUAUUGAAGGAGCUUCAGCUUGGGACUUGGGACUGCUCUUAAAUUUUCCCUUAGGACUACCACAUGUGAUGAGUGAAAAAGACUGAUUCCUUUUCUUGGUUUUCCUGGAGGUACUAACCUCUGUAGAGGCACCUCAUCUUGGAGGAGGCCUCAUGGCUAGCACCCUUGUUUAAUUUACCUUGGGGCCCCCUUUGCUAGGGCCUCUCAAGCCCUGCCUAGUUCAGACCAGGCCAGAGUAAUUACCUACUCUCUCUCUCUCUCUCUCUCUCUCUCUCUCUGAUUUUCCUACUUUUACUCUUUCUCCUUUUGUAUCAUAAAAUGUCAUUCUGACUUGAGUAACAAUUUCUGGUGACUACACUCAUAUCCAACCCUUUAAUAUUUUACCCCUUGCACAAAGCAGUCAAUUAAGCUUUUUUUUUUUUAAAUGCAUUGGGGGUUAAGUGACUUGCCCAGGGUCACACAGCUGGGAAGUGUCUGAGACCAGAUUUGAACCUAGGACCUCCCAUCUCUAGGCCUGGCUCUCAAUCUACUGAGCUACCCAGCUGCCCCCUCAGUUAAGCUUUAAAGGUAAUGUAAAUAACAAGAAAGGAAACAGAAUCAUCCUCUGCCUUCCCUAUACAAUUAAGAAAAAUCCUUUGGUUCCUUGCAUGAUCCAGGGGUAUCUAAAUCCCUUCUUAAUUCCUACUAAUAAUUCCAGUGUGGAAGAAGGACAAAAGUGCUCCUGAGCCCAUCAUCCUUUGUUAGGGUUUGAGAAGGUCUAUCUCUGGGAAUUUUAUGGAUGGGUCUCAGGGUAGGCUUAGAGAACUGCUGAAGGCAAGGGUCAGGCUAGAGCUACAUGGCAUUUCUUGCCUUAAUUCCAACUCUUUUACUAGGUUAAAUUUACUAUGUUUGUAAAAAAUGAUUAAAUCUCAUGUACAGUCCUCUUUUCUGUUCCUUAUAUAUUGAUGCAUUAUUCAUGUUUGUUGAUGUC